CAUCCUCUGCGCGCUGCAGUUUCACCUGGAAGCGGAGCAGCGCAGCGCAUCCCCUGUCUCUCUCUCUUUCUUUCUCUCUUUAUCUGCCUGUCUCUCGCUCUCUUCCGUGCGGCUCCCCGGCUUUGGCUCAUGUCGGCUCGGCCGGGGUCUCGUUGUGCUCCACUACGGACAGCUACUGCCAUUUUAGCCCUCGGGCCGGGCAUGCCGGUGUAAAAGAGGUGGCAUUUUUUUCUUCCUUUCCCCCCUCGUAUCUCUCGUCCCUUCUCUGCGGCCUGAAAGACACAAAAUGUCGACCAGAACGCCGUUACCAACCGUUAACGAGCGCGACACGGAGAAUCACACGUCUGUGGAUGGCUACCCUGACCCUCCAGCACCUCCAGCCAAGUCGGCAAGCAGGCAGAGUCUGCCGCGGUGUCGCAACUCUGUAGCGUCCAUCACAGAUGACCAGCCUCACAUCGGCAACUACAGGCUGCUUAAAACCAUCGGCAAGGGCAACUUCGCCAAAGUCAAACUAGCACGGCAUAUUUUAACAGGACGGGAGGUUGCUGUGAAGAUCAUUGAUAAGACGCAAUUAAAUCCCACUAGUUUACAAAAGCUUUUUCGUGAAGUAAGGAUUAUGAAGAUUUUGAAUCACCCUAAUAUAGUUAAAUUAUUCGAGGUCAUAGAAACGGAGAAGACACUUUAUUUGAUAAUGGAGUAUGCCAGUGGAGGUGAAGUAUUUGACUACUUAGUUGCACAUGGAAGAAUGAAGGAGAAGGAAGCCAGGGCCAAGUUUCGACAGAUUGUGUCUGCAGUGCAAUAUUGUCAUCAGAAGAGGAUAGUCCACAGGGAUCUCAAGGCUGAGAACUUGCUCCUGGAUGCUGAUAUGAACAUAAAGAUAGCAGACUUUGGCUUCAGUAAUGAAUUCACCAUUGGAAACAAGUUGGACACGUUCUGUGGGAGCCCCCCCUACGCAGCUCCUGAGCUCUUUCAGGGCAAGAAAUAUGACGGGCCUGAAGUGGACGUCUGGAGCCUGGGGGUCAUUCUGUACACACUGGUCAGCGGUUCGCUGCCUUUUGACGGGCAGAAUUUAAAGGAACUGAGAGAGCGAGUGCUGAGAGGGAAGUACCGUAUUCCGUUCUACAUGUCCACCGACUGUGAAAAUCUACUGAAGCGACUUCUGGUGCUGAACCCAGGCAAACGUGGCAGCCUAGAGCAAAUUAUGAAAGACCGCUGGAUGAAUGUGGGUCACGAAGAGGAGGAGCUCAAACCGUACACGGAGCCAGAAGCUGACUUCAGUGACACCAAAAGAAUAGACCUGAUGAUUACUAUGGGUUUCCCUAAAGAAGAGAUCACUGAUUCCUUAGUGGGUCAGAAAUACAAUGAAGUCAUGGCUACUUACUUGCUCCUGGGCAGAAAACCUCCUGAGUUUGAGGGAAAUGAAUCUCUGUCCAGCAUAAACUUGUGUCAGAUGCCCCGACCCAGCAGUGACCUGAAUAACAGCUCAUCCCAGUCUCCAGCUCACUCCAAAGUGCAGCGCAGCAUCUCUGCCACGCAGAAACAGCGGCGCUACAGUGACCAUGUUGCUCCAUCUAUCCCACCGGCUGUGUCUUACACCAAGCGCACACAGGCCAACAGUGUGGAAGGAGAGAAGAAAGAGGAAUGGGAGGCGGCUCGUAAACUCCCCGCCUCUAGCUCCAAAGGAGACAUGGCCGUCUCACCGCUGACCACACAAGAGCGCAGGAAGUGUUCAACAGCCUCAGGGAACAGCACAACAGGAGGGAUGACGCGGAGGAACACGUACGUGUGUGAGCGUGCCACCACAGAUCGCUAUUCAGCCAUACCUAAUGGCAAGGAUAGCAGUCUGACAGAGAUGUCUGCCUCUGGUAGUGGCUCAUCUGUGUCUCCUGGAGCUUCCUCAGCACUGGCCUCAGCUAGGCCGCGUCAUGUGAAGUCCAUGUCCGCCUCAAGCCAUCCCACAAAGUCCCCUUUGCCCCCAAUAGAGGAUAAUGCAGAGUACAAGGGUCCUAGUAGCUCCAGCUCCAGGGUACCUGCUGCAUCUCCAUCGACCCACAGCAUUAGCAGUGUGACCCCAGAUCGAACACGUUUCCCCCGGGGCACAUCUACCCGCAGCACCUUUCAUGGAGCCCAGCUGAGAGAACGGCGUAGUGCGACCUACAACGGACCACCUGCCUCUCCUACACUCUCGCAUGACACGGGGGCUCUGGUUCACACUCGGAGGGGCACUUCAACGGGCAUCAUCAGUAAAAUCACUUCCAAGUUUGUGCGUAGGCUGCCCAGUGAAGGAGAGGCCAGAUGCAGAGCAAACAGCUUGAGAAGCGGUUCAGGUGAACCCAGGGACGAUGGGCGUGACUCUAAGCCGCGAUCCCUACGCUUCACGUGGAGCAUGAAGACCACGUCGUCUAUGGAGCCCGGAGACAUGAUGCGAGAAAUCCGCAAAGUGCUAGACGCCAACAAUUGUGACUACGAGCAGCGCGAGCGCUUCCUGCUGUUCUGCGUUCACGGCGACGCCCGUCAGGACAGCCUCGUCCAAUGGGAGAUGGAAGUAUGCAAGCUGCCCCGCCUCUCUCUCAACGGCGUCCGCUUCAAGCGCAUCUCGGGCACCUCCAUCGCCUUCAAGAACAUCGCAUCCAAAAUCGCCAACGAGCUGAAGCUGUGACCGGCACACGGAGCGAUUCGGCCAAAAACUGCAAAAUGGAAGCUUGCUACGUUGAUGUCUACGUUCCCAGUUAGUUUGGGCACCAUUUUGAGUUUACUGCUUUCUGAAGCUACUGCUGUAUGGUUUGACCAGUGGAUUUAAAAAAAAAAAAAAAAAAAAAAAGAUAA